GACAUUGUUGACCGGUAGACACACGGUGAAUCACAUAUAAAACAGGAGAAAGAUCACGAAGGUCUCACUCACGAAGUAAACUUCUCGAACAAAAUUUGGACAUAAAAACUGGUGCGCAAUUACGCGCCUGGAGACCGGUCACGUUUUGUGUUCUUUAACUGUAAACAAUAUAGUCAGUUUUGCUUUAACUGAUCGUGGACAUCUGACAGCAAGCUUUUGGGACACAAAGUUCUCCAACUUUCACCAUGGCAGAGGGGGAUUAUUAUACUACGGGCAACCGACAGAGAGUCGCGCGGGAUCCGUUCAGGGAACAGUCGCUCGCGUCGCGGUUCAUGGGCGAUGACUUUGGACUGUCACCGUUUCCCGACGACUUAUCUAUGGACUGGCCUGGCUGGGCGCGACCUCGAUUGAGCGCGCGCCUCGACGCGCCCUGGAGCGGAUCGUUGCGCUCGGGCUUCCCGAUGACAAGCAUGGGCGCCCCGCAGGGUUUCAGUUCUAGGUACAACGAGAGCCCUCGCAGAACCAGCUCGCCCCUGAGCAACCCGGACGAGCCGUGGAAAGUGUGCGUGAACGUGCACAGCUUCAAUCCAGAGGAACUUAAUGUCAAAACUAAAGACGGUUUUGUAGAGGUGUCAGGAAAACACGAGGAGAAGCAAGAUGAGGGCGGAAUUGUUACCAAAAACUUCACAAAGAAAAUUCAGAUACCAACCGAUGUGGAUCCUCUCACUGUGUUUGCUUCUUUAUCUCCGGAGGGGGUUCUCAUUAUUGAAGCCAGACAGACCCCUCCGUAUUACCUCUACUGCAACGAGAUGCCCGCAGAACCCAUAGAAGAACCCGAGGCAAGACCUCAGGAACCCAGCAUGGCUUAAACGCCACUUUUUGAAGCUCAGAGCUGACAGGGAGUUAGCAGGGUGUCUCUUGGCCGUGGUAUUUGUUCCAAGCAAGUGCUAAAAUGUCUAGUUUUAUCAUUUUUAUUCAUUUUCUUAAUCAAAAAGUCAUUAAUUUGUUAACAAAGCUAGUGAAAUCAGCUCUGUAGUCCAUACAUUGAUUGUUUUUUACAUGGUACGCGAUUGGAUCAAAUACCCGCAGCCUUUAGUCACUAAAUGGAUGAAGAUAAACAAAUGCAAAAGUGCUACCAAUUAGGUAGCAAGGGAAAUACGAAGCCAGCUUUCUGUUUUGAAAAGUUUUUUAAUCGGUUCUGCCAGACUCAGCCAGUCUUAAAUUAGACACACCCCUAAAGACAUGCAUACAUUGUAAAAAUUUAUUUAAUCUAAUGAAGUAAGUUACAUGCUUGCUUUAAAUUUUUGAGUUAAUUCAACUCAAAAAUAUUAGUUUAUACAACUUUUUUUUUGAGUCAACUAAUAUUUUUAAGUCAAAUCAACUUAAAAUUGUAAGGCUACCCGUUGACUUACUUUUUAAGUUAAACCAACAAAACAUUUAGUUUUACAGUGUAGAGACAAUGGGUUGUAUUAGGAGAUCAUCUUAAUGUCACAUGUUGGACAUUUUUUAUAAAUGUGACCCAGCCUGUGAGCUCAGUGAAGUCACUUUUUAAUAAUUAUAUUAAGAGAGUUUAACUAACUUGCUUAGCAAAAUUCUCAUCGAACUGGUUGCUCUGCCGUUAUGAUAGUUCACCUUUCAAUAGAAAACUUUCUACUAAUUAUAUUUAUUUUAAAGAGAUGACCCUGUCUGUGAAAUCCAAAACUCCCAUAAUCUCAUUAUGUUUAUUGAUGUCACAACGAUUUUAAUCUUCAAUCUUGACCUUAUGUCAAUAAUAACGAUAUUAAGGUUAUAUUCCCAUACAGAAAAAAAAAUAUUUUUUCGAAUAUAAUUUUACAUUUAUUUUAAAAUAUCAAAAAUAUUGCCAAAAAUAUAUGUGCUUAAAUUUGUUUACAAAAAUGUAUUUUUCACCAAUAUUUUAUAUUUUUAAAACAUUUAUAUUCGCAUUGUAUUGGAUAAAAACUCUGUAUACACAACAGGUUUGAAAAGGUUCAAAUUAAAAGUAAUUUCAACUGCAAAAAUAUAUUUAUAAUUUUAUAUUUUAUACAUAUGCCUACUUAAACAUUUUAUACAAACUUUGAUAUUUAAGCUAGGAAAAAUUUUGCAGUAUGGGCUGUAAAAUUAGAAAUGUAUUAGUUGUCCCUGAAAUAUGUUAAUAUAUGCAGGUUAAAACUAAAUUAAAAUUCAAAAUAUAUUUAAUAAAGCUUUACUUUCUACAAAAUGUAUUAAGCAUAUAUUUAACAUUUAUUUUUGGCCAGAGAAAUUUAUUUAUUUUUUUGUAUGAGUUAUCACAGAAUGGCCUAUAUUACGUAGAUGAUUUUAUGUACAAAACAGUAAAUAACAAAAAACUACUUUAUCUGGGUUUUCACUGCAGGCAGGGUCACAUUUAUUGUACACAAGUCAAUUUAAGCAGCUCUGUUUCUCAGUUAUUUUGGCCCCGAGUAUAAAUGUCUCGUGCAGAUCGUGGCUAUAUUUGAGUCAUCUGAAUAUGUGUCACAUUGAACUUUUGUAUGAGCGCUGGAGUUCUUUCUCAAGGGCUGUUAUAGUCUUCUCUUUUUUUUUGUGCAUUUAUUUCUGUGUAGGAUUGUAUGCUAUGCGUUUUUAUAUUAAAUAAAAUUUAUAAGAGUAAGCAUUUCAUUUUCUUUGCAAAUCUAUGUAUGGUUAAUAAAUUCAAUAAAAUGAAUUACAUAUGA